ACUCAGCACCGAUCAACACGUAUUCUACACAGCUACAGGUGUAUUACCUCAACAUGGCUAGCAAUCUUCAGUGGGAAGCAUCCGCUUACUCACUGCACCCCAUCCCUUACCCCUACACAUUCCCUAACUACUUUACAAAAAUGAUGGCCCCACAGUAUCAGGGCUAUAACUACUACACCCCGUAUGGUCAGUACUGCUCACCAGACAACCAGCAUGUGCAGCAGUAUCAGUACGCACUGGCCAGGGCACCAGAGGGUGUUCAUCAUGGAGCCAGUUCUGGUCACAGAUCUGCUUAUGGGUACUAUACUCAAUACCAACCGUCUGUGGCAUCUUAUAUUACUUAUCCUGUCCAGCAGCAUCAGGCACCACUGGCUCAAUGGCAGGCCACGGCUCCACUGCCCAAAAUACUUCAUAAGCAGAUCACAAUCCGAGACCCAAACCAGGGAGGACGUGACAUUACCCAGGAGAUCCUGUCUGGAUUAAACCCUGACACCAAAUCUGUCCAGGAUCUACAAUCUGAGCCAGUUUCCUCCACCCCUCUAGUGGCGAAAGAAGAGAUCUGCACUGAUUUCGAGGAAGUGGAGCAAAAGGAUCUUGAGAUGCAUCCAUCAAAAGAUUUGGGAUCUGUUACUGAUUCCACGCCUAAUGAAGUGCCCACUGAGAGUGCUUCUGUUUCCAAUGUGGAAUCUGUUAUCUCACUGACUGUGUCUCCUUUCACAGCUCCAGAAACUCCUGCUUUGUCUUCACCGAGUGGCAGUGUGGAAUCUGGAGAAGAUGUGGAACAGAACACCGUACCUGCAGAACUGAUCUGCAGUGGUUUACAGGAGGAAAAGUCCAAGGAUGCUGAGAACUCAGUUUCUAACUCCACCUGUAAAGAAGUGCCCAAAGAGAUUGAAUCUUUUGCCACUGGUAAAGAGGAUAAGGAGGACAAGCCAACGUUGGUGCCCUCAGACACAACUCUGUCUGAUGGUGAGGAGCUCAAGAUAAGGAGAGUCAAGACAAUGAUCGACUUCACUGUAGAAAGAGCAACAACAGAGCCAAACACUGCAGUGAUGUACGCAAACUUCUGCUAUGGACUGAAGAAUGACGUGUCCACUAUGAAGAAGAUGCUGCUCAGCCGCUGCCAGGAGGAGUUUAAGAAGGAGAGGAAACAUGACAUGGCUCUCGCUAAAAAGCAGAAAGAGCUGAAUGACGCCAAAAAGGAACACAUUUGGCAGAAGUUGAAGAAAGACCUUGAGGAAGAGAAGAUCAGGUCAUUCCAAUGUUCUCUCCUCAACAUGGAGUUCAUUGCUGAACUUUUUAAACGAGAGAUGCUCCCCAAGUCAUUCAUCAACAGCUGGAUUGAGCAAAAGCUGGUGGUGAAUCCAAGCGAGGAGAACUUGGAGUGUCUCUGCAAGCUGCUGACCAUUGCCGGAAAGGACCUGCAUGAUGUAAAGGACAAGUACUUGAUGGAUCUGUACUUCUCUGCGAUCAACAAAAUCAUCCAGCAGAGGAAGCUUUCACCCAGGAUCUGCAGCAUGCUGCAAGGCACUGUGGAUCGAAGACAGAAUAACUGGGAGCCCAGGUGCAACAAUCAGCAGGUGCCAUCCAAAAAUCGAGACAUUAAGAAACAUGAUGACGGUUCAAUCACGGUGACCAUCAAGAACCAAACCGUCAAUACGUCCCACCUAAGCAACAUCAACAAGCCUGGAAACAGCUCAUGGGAACAUUGGGGCAAAAGAGGCAGCAACAGAUACGAAGCAAGAGCCAGCACUGAAGAGAAUGGAAGUGCUUAUAUUAGAAGGAACUACAGAAAGAACGAGCACUUUCAGCACUAUGACCGAGAUCAGGUCUACUUUAGGUGCUGGGACCAACGGGACAGGAGGUACAGAGGACAGGACAUGCGUCCUCUUUAGUAAUAACAUCAAACAGAUCAGAGUCCUAAACCAGCUGAAGACUCAAGACGAAGCCGGACUCGAAGAAACAGCUGCCUCCAAAAUAAUCAUCAAUCAUACAAUGACCAUGAGCAAUAAAAUUCAAUAAAGCUUGUGCAUUUGA